GUGCAUCACUCGACGUCAUUCAACACCACUUGGCUCAGAAGGGCUGUCAACCAACAGUAAGGCCGACCAACGGCGGCGGGUGUCCCGAAGAAUGGCCCAAUGAUCGAGGCCAGAAAGUAUUACUGACACGCUGCAUGUCGCCUCCCGAAGUGCUGCUUUCGGCAGCCUCUGUAUGAAGUAUGAGGGCGGGAAAGGGUGGUGUAAAAGAAUCAUCACAGACACAGAUGCGGCUACCCAAUCACAGGCCGUCCGAUACUUAUCUUGCAUUGGCGUGGUCCCUCUGUUCGGUCAGCCUAUGGGGAGCAUCGGAUGGCCUGCGAGCGGUUUUGAGAUCGCCUUACAGCACGGAUAUUCCCUGCCAUUGGGCGCAAUUGGUCGGAGAGGGGCCGAGCAUCGAUUGUUCUGCCAGUGUUUCAAACGUCCACGACGGCACUGGUCGCCGGGACUGGCUUGUGGGUAAUCACAAAAACUGCACAUGCUGUAUGUAUUGUAUUGGACCGCAUCCAUCACCGCGGUUCAUGACUCUCCACUAUGGGCGACGCCGCAACCCGGGGCUAGAACUUGAGGCUUGUGGAACAUUGCCUGUGUGGUUGCUGGGUCUGCCUGUGUCGCCCUGUACGAAGUAAGAUGAGGUACUCAGAACGCUUAGAGUGCACAAUCAGGUAUCUUUCCGAAGGCUGCAGAGCAUCCAUGAUGAACGUGAAGUUGCUUGAGGCGGGGUAAACAGCGACCGGCUGGCAACCGUACCCCGUCUAUCACUCCACCCCGUGGGGGUUCGUGAAUGCGUCUGUAUGAAUACAUCACCCGAAGACGGCGGGACGCCAGCACGCGGCCUUAAACAUCCGAUCUGCCUUCUGCAACUCGGCCAAUUCUGCUCCACCUCAUGGAAA